AUGGCUCUCUUCAUGGAGCUGGUGAUUUGUCUUUCUUUCCUGAUUCUUCUUUUUCUAUGGAAUGGAAGCAGUACCAAAAGAAAGCUACCACCUGGCCCCACUCCUCUCCCAAUCCUUGGAAAUAUCCUGCAGAUAGACACCAAUAACAUCAGCAAAUCCUUAAGCAAGUUUGCAGAAGAAUAUGGCCCUGUGUUCACUCUGCAUUUUGGCAUGAAGCCUACCGUGGUGUUGUACGGGUAUGAAGUGAUCAAGGAGGCUCUGAUUGAGAAUGGGGAGGUGUUUUCUGGCAGAGGGCAUAUACCCUUGUUUGACAAAGCCCUGAAAGGAUCAGGAAUUGUUUUCAGCAAUGGAGAGACAUGGAAGCAAACCCGGCAUUUCUCCCUCAUGGUUUUGCGGAAUAUGGGGGUAGGGAAGAGGACUACUGAAGACAGAAUUCAAGAGGAAGCCUUGUGUCUGGUGGAGGCAUUGAAAAAAACCAAUGCAUCUCCCUGUGAUCCUACUUUCCUUCUGGGCUGUGCUCCCAGCAAUGUGAUCUGCUCCAUUGUUUUCCAGAAUCGUUUUGAAUAUAAUGACAAUAAAUUGAUAAUGUUGUUAAACACUUUACAUGAAAAUUUCAGAAUUUCAAGCACCUCCUGGAUACAACUCUGCAACAUUUUCCCUUUUUUCCUGCAUUACUUUCCUGGAAGUCAUAACCAGUUAUUGAAAAACAUUGAGGAGGAAAAAAAGUUCAUCGUGGACCAGAUAAAAGAACACCAAGAAACCCUCGACCUCAAUAACCCUCGAGAUUUUAUUGACUACUUCCUGAUCAAAAUGCAACAGGAAAAACAUGACAAAAAGUCCGAAUUUACCAUGGACAACUUGAUUGUUACCAUAUGGGAUGUGUUGAGCGCAGGAAUAGAGACCACGAGCACCACCCUGAGAUACGCCAUCCUCCUGCUGCUGAAGCACCCAGAGGUCACAGCCAAGGCCCAGGAGGAGAUCCAGCGCGUGGUGGGCAGACACCGGAGCCCCUGCAUGCAGGACCGGAGCCGCAUGCCCUACGUGGACGCCUUGGUGCACGAGGUCCAGAGAUUCAUUGACCUGGGACCCAACGGCCUGCCCCAUGCAGUAACUCAGAACAUCAAUUUCAGAGGAUUCCAUAUUCCCAAGGGCACGAGCAUACUAGUCUCUCUGACUUCUGUGCUACAUGAUGGCAAAGAGUUUCCUGAGCCAAAGAAGUUUGAUCCUGGCCAUUUCCUCGAUAAAAGUAAUAACUUUAAGAAGAGUGACUACUUCAUGGCUUUCUCAUCAGGGAAGAGAGUUUGUCUUGGAGAAGGCCUGGCCCGAAUGGAGCUAUUUUUAUUUCUGACCACCAUUUUACAGCAUUUUACCUUGAAAUCUCUGGUUGAUCCAAAGGACAUUGACACCACACCAGUACACAGUGCAAUCGGUGCCGUCCCACCCUUCUUUGAACUCUGUUUCAUCCCAGUCUGA